AUGUUUUUUGCAAUUGAUAGGAUAGAAGGUUCAUAUUCUAUACCAGAAUAUAAACAAGAAUUUUAUGUUGAAAGUACAUUGUUAAAGUGUCAUGCUUGUCACAUAUCAUUGAAUUAUAAAAAGAAAUCUGUACUUGAUAAUCAUCUUAAUUUAACAAGAUAUGAAAUUGCAAAAAAUAUUACAAAUAAUUCAACACAA